CUUCCUGCGUGGCAGUUUUGUCAAAAACCUUGCUCAUGUAUUGUCACUCGUGAAUGCAGGACACACUGGCAGCUCAUCAAUGUCAAGUCAAAGGGAGACCGUCAGCUCAGUGGACCAUCUACUCAAAACACCCGAACAAAAUGGUGGCCUUUCAAGUAUCAAGCAGUAUUCGCCGGGCCAUGCGCGUAAACUGGGGCAGACAAGAAAGAUACGAUACAGGAGGGAUUUGAAGGAUGACGAAAACCCCGAAGAGAAAGCCCGUCACAUCAAACAGGUGGAGCUCAACCCUCUGUAUAAGGAGUUGUUGUACACCAUUGCACAUAAGAUGGGAAAAGUGGCAGCAACUGAGGUCUUUGCCGAUAGCCAACUUCAUCAAUAUAUCAAAGAGGCUCUCACAAUGACAGAAUCUGAGCACAAAUCUCUGAUGGAGAAAGUACAACAUUCAGAGCCACCUGUCUACUGCCUAAUGGCCACUGUAAAGGAAGCCAGAGGAAUUCUGGGAAAAGAUAUUAGUGGUUUAAGUGACCCGUACUGCUUGCUGAGCAUACUGGAGGACGAAGAAGAGCGGCGUACACAUCGUUCCAGAGUCAAGGCCUCGAAAUACGUGGUCAAGGAUGCCGUGUCGGCUGAUAAGAUUUAUCAGACCCACAUCAAGAAGCAGACUCUCAAUCCAAUUUGGAACCAGACAUUUCUACUGGAGUUUGAAGACAUCGCGGGGGCCAGCUUUCACCUUGAGAUGUGGGAUAAAGAUGAGGAGGUGUCACUCGGUCAAAAACUCGAGGAGAUCACAACUAGUUUUUCCAGUUUAAGCAGAAUUAUAAAGGAGGUCAAAAAGGAAAAAGGAACGGAUGACUUUCUGGGGAAAAUUGUCAUCAAACUUCAGGACCUCCAUUGUACCGAGGACGACUGGUACAUUCUGGAGCCGAGAACGGAGACGUACCCUGAUCGAGGCCGAUGUCACCUGAACCUCAAGUUCAUCCAUAAAACGAGAGAUGACGCGCUGAGCCCAGGUCGAAACGCUUACAUCAACUACUGUGGAAUCCUGCAACGCUUUGUUCUGUCUUACAUUUCCAAGCAAAAGACUUCCGCUCCAUGGAAAGGGGAAUUGUGUGGUGAAGCUCAAACUCUCCUGGAGCACUAUGCUGCACAGACUGACCUCUCACCUUUCCUGCAAGAUCUGGCGAAGUGGGUUGCGUACAGUCAACUUUAUCAAAGCGUCGAGGUGGACUCGUCGUUGCUGCUACAACAGCUCACUUGCGUGGAGUAUCGCUGGCAUCAACAGGAACACGAGUUGCCGCAGCAACAGAAACAAGAACUCGGCGACUCCCUUCACCGUUUCUUGCAUUACGGUCUCCAUCUGGUGUCAAAAUACAGAGACAUUUUCCCGCCAACACCAAGCGCCACUCCGAAAUUACACACAUUGCUCAGAAUCUUAGUCCAGAUCUGUAAGACAAAGCCAUUUCAGAAAAUGAACCCGGCCGAUUUUGAACUGCACGAUGAGGUGGCUGAUGCCGUCCAGACAGGUACACAGGAGUGGUUUACCAACAAAAAAGGGCUGCACCAGCCAAUGACCAAGGAGCUGUCAGAGAUCAUCGGCGCCUUGUCCAGGUUGAUCGACGAAGUACGUGACGACAUCAAACUCAACAAGGAUGUCUGGAAUCGAACAUUUGUCAGUGCGGUGCAAGUGGAUGUGUUCACUGCGGUCUACGAGAAGCUCGACUCGCUGGUUGCUACAGAAGUCAGAGAAACCUUAUCUCAAACGGAAGGUCACAUUGAUCAGAGUCUAGCCAACAGCCUGUUUCCACUUUACCUGAGCCUGCAAGCCAUUCACAAAGAAAAGGCCUUCUUACAGAAAAGGGGUUUACUGAAGCUGACAAACUUUCACGUGAGCUUCAGAGAGGCGCAGCCUUACUGGCUCAAGCAGAUGUUCAACACCACGAUGGACAGGGUGGAGAGGGCGGUGAAGGUCGACAAGCUCCAGCCUCUGCACUCGGGCGCAGUGCCGGUAAAACACAGUUCGUCAGCAGUGGACCUGGUUGCUUGUAUCCAGCCUGUGUGUGACCUUUGGGAGCAGAUGUCCUGGCCUGACCCUGAGGAGGCGUUUAUGCUCAUGGUCAAAAUCACAGAGGAUGUUUGCAAGAUUGUGGUGACCUACUGUCAUAGUCUGAAAGCCAGAGUCAGGAUGCUCUCAGAGAAGUCAGACCACGAAAGCGCCAUUAACAUGCUGUGUGUUGUGGUGAACGACUUGGAGUACCUGCGCUCUGUCUUGACGCGGCUUCCCGCCAACCUGAAUUGGGCGGGGCUUCAGGAACGCAUCCAACACGUCAUCGGGGAAAGUCAGUUCCAAAACACGCUGCCGUCUCAGGUGCAGCAAGCGCAGGGCAUCCUCGGCCGGGAGAUCCGCUCUGCUUUGGACACGCUGAGCAAAACGUUGAAUACGGACAUCGAGACUCAUGUCAGGGGAAUGUCGACCAGAAGCCGGAUUCCGUCCAAAUCCAGCCAAGAUGCCACAACUCCUCUUAUGCGCUAUCUGGAAAAAGAACUCCAUUACAUGAAUGAAAACUUGGUUGAAGAGAACUUCAACAGCCUCCUGACUCCUUUGUGGAACAACUCGGUGAAGAUCCUCCACCAGAUGGCCGCCGAGCAUUCGCAGCAAGAUGGGCUCACGGUGUUCUGUCACAGGCUGCUGUACACGCUGCAGUGCUUGGAGCAAUGCUUCCACGGCGAGGGUAACGGCCUUCCGUUGAAAAUCCUCCACUCGGAUGAGUACAAGACUCUCAAGGCCUACCUGACUCAUCACUCUCUCAGCAGUCACCAGCUUGUGGACAAGUUCCUCCAAGGGAAAAUAUGGGAGCAGAGAGUGGUUGGCGGCGAGAAAUACGGCGCUGUCACUCUUCUAACCUCCUACAGAAGAUCAGACCAAAGGCUCAGAGUUGAGGUUUUGAACGCAGUCAACCUCCUACCAAUGGAUUCCAAUGGUUUAAGUGAUCCGUACGUGCGCUUAUGUCUGGAGCCGCACCACACCUUCCCGCUCGUGGAACCUCGCUGCACUCAGAUAAAAAGCUGCGAUCUCAAUCCGCUCUUUGACGAAGCCUUUGAGUUCCUGGUUGGACUGGAUCAGUGCCAGGCUCCUGGUGCCUGCCUGGUGGUGACGGUUCUGGAUCAUGACAUCUUGAGAAUGGAUGACUUUGAAGGUGAAGCCUUCCUGUCCCUCAAAGACAUACCUGGAGUUGCAAAAGGAGGGGAAGAAAAAGACGGACCGGGCUUUCGUCCGGAUGCCAUCCCGGCUCAAAUACGUCUACCUCUCAUGCAUCCAAAACCUAAUGACAACAUCCUGAAGAUGUUGGAGUCCAGAAAAGGCGAGCGAGAAAUACAAGCCUUCGUAAAGAAAAGAAGACAAAGAGAGAAACAGUCCAGGGAGCAAAGUCAACCAUGACACACAAAGGCUUGCCUUUCAUUUAAAAAUAUACAAUUUGCUUUAUUGAACUAAAUCCAUUUACAAUGAAACACUGGUAAAAGAUGAAAAUCAACUAAUGCUAAUGCUUUUUCCAAUCAGUGCAAUCAAAUAUGAUGUCAUUGAACAGAAGAUGUCAAAUGAAAUGUCAACAAUGACAAAUGGCAGGUAUGAAGACAAAUGUGUGUAAUUGAGACAAGGUGAAAAGUUAUGAAAUAAAAAAUGUCAUUUAAAAGACUACACAAGUCGACUGAGUAUAUUUAACUUGAUUGUGUUCACAUGCAUUCCUCUUAGAGAAACCUGAGUGCUUUAACAGAGGCUGCCUGUUGUCCAUACUUUUUUUUUUUUUUACUUUGCUCCUCGAUGUUCUAUUUUUAUUUCUUUUUUGCUAAU